AUGGAGAGGGCCAUCGUGCGCAUGCACUUUGAUGACGACACUUUCAAGACGUUUCUGCUCGUACCCACCACCACAGCGGGGGAUCUGGUAGCGCAGGUGCAACAGAAGCUCAAGACAGACUCCCCCUACUACCUCCACUACUCCGCCCCCGGCGUUGCUGAGCGUUACAUCGCGCCCCACGAACAGGCGUGGCCCUUCUACAAGCAGCACGGGGAGCGCUGCCGCUACACCUUCCGGCUCAAGGCGCCUGCCGGUGCACCUCCGCCGACGACCGCCGCGGCUGGAGGUCAGACUCCUGCCCGAGCUGCGCCGCCCGCGCCUUCCGCGGCCGGUCGAGCGUCGCUCCCGCCGACGCCGGCCGCAGCUGGCCAAGCGCCUGCGUCCCUGGACAGUGCAGGCAGCGUCGCCUGCAACGACUUUGAUGCCCUGCUCAACCAGCUCCAGUUCCCGGGCGUUGGCCCAGCCACUUCCGGGGCUGCUGGCGCUCAUCCCUCCGGGGGCUUUGACCCUCUUGGCGGACUCACGCUGGGCAUGAGUGCCAUGGGUCUGGGUGGAGCUGUCGCCCCGCCUUGCGGCGCCUGUGGCCAGCCCGUGGCCGAUAAACUGCUGGUGGCGUUCGGCAUGCAUUGGCACAAGUACCAUUUGGCCUGCGCCAUCUGUCGGCGCAACUUUGACGAGAACGACGUGCCCGUGGUGGAGGGGUCCGACGGCAAGGCCUACUGCCGCACCGACUGGCUCGAUCGAUUCGCGCCCAAGUGUGCGCAGUGCACGUUCCCCAUCCAGGGCGAUUGUACCAACGCCCUCGGCAAGCAAUGGCACCCUCAGUGCUUCGUUUGCAAAUCGUGCAACAAUCCUUUCACGGGCAGCUUCUUCGAGCACGAGGGCUUUGCCUACUGCGAGAAGCACUACUACGAAGAAAAGGGCCUCAUCUGCCCCGAGUGUGAUCGGCCCAUUAUCGGCAAGUGCGUGCGCGCCAAAGAGAAGCGAUACCACCCGCAACACUUUGUGUGCUCCCAUUGCAAGACCAAGCUGACCAACUCCUACUUCUUCCACGACAACAAGGUCUUCUGCAAGAAAUGCUCCAUCGUCUUCUACGGCUGA